AUGUUUCUUUUUAAUAAAUUAUCAAAAAUUAAAAAUAUAAAUAGAGCCAUAUAUAAUAAAGAUGGCGGUUCAGUAACUCUUGUAAAUAAUAAUAAUAAUAAUGGUUAUAAUAGAAGCCAACAGUUUAAUAGGUACUAUUUGACAUCACCUCAAAUGAAGUUGGAUGAAGAGGUACCACCAAUAAAAAAUGAUCAACAAAAACAACCAAUAACCAAUGUAAAUAAUAAUAAUAAUGAUCAGAUUUCACAAUCUCCAGAGAUUCAAGCACCAUCAGCACCUGAACCAGCACCAACAUCAGCACCACAACAAAAGACUAAAUGUUGGUGUGUUUUAAGUUGCAAAUUAGAAGGUAAAAGAAUUUUAUCAUCAAAAAUUAAACCAAUCAAAUAUGAAGAUGAAAGAGCCAUCAUUUUAAAGAAACUACAACAGACUCAACAAGAAGUACAGCCACAAGAGGAGCCUAAAAAUGGUAAUUUAGGUGAUUAUAAUAAAAAGAUUUUAGAUUUAAACUUACCAUUAUCAAAUUCAAGAAAACAAUUAAUCGAGGAAAUGAUCAAGGCAAAGGAUCAAUAUAUUUUAGAACAAAAACAAGAGGAAGAGGAAGAGAGAAAGGGAAAAGAAGAAAAAGAAAGACAAAUAAAAGAAAACAAACAACUAUUCCAAACAGAGGAAACAGGUGAAGAGGGAAGAGAGUUCCCAGUUUUGAACGAUGAUGAUACAUCAAUUGGACCAAUUCAUAUUUUAUAUAAAAAUCAAUGGAUUUCAACAAUCGUAGAACGUAUUGAAACCUCACAUAAAGAUAAUACACCAACAUUUGUUUUAAAAAUUAAGACACCAUUAAAAUUAUCAAGUGAAUAUACAUUUUCAAUUGAAAGUAUUCAUUCAACAUUAGAUAGAUUAUUAUCAACUGGCAAAGUCAAAGUAGAUUAUGAUUUUGAUAAAAUGUUUUUAACUAAAGUUUCAAGCGAUAAAGAUAAAGAGUUUACAAAUUGGAUUAAAUGCUUAGAAGGUAACUGUGCAGAGAAUAGUGAACAACAAACUCCAGCAUCAGCGACAUUAACCAAACAGGAAUAUAUCAACCAUGUUAGAUUAUUAAAAGAAUCAUUGGUAAUUUUAAGAAACGAAAUUUUGCCAAGCAUUGGUUUUGAAAAUUGCUCAAUCGAUUUAGUUUUAUCAAAGGAUAGUAUUGUAGGUUGCAAACAAGGUCAUACCGAAUUAGAGUUCCCAGAGGGCACUUAUCAAUUAGUUUUAGAAAUCGAUUCAAAUGAUCACAGUAUUUGGGCCAAGAGUCCUGAAAAUGUUGAAAAAAUUUUAUAUCUAUACACAAUGAUGUUAGAUAGCGUAGUAUCAAUGGGUCGUACAUCUGAUGUUCCAUUAUCUGUUUCAUAUUUAUAA